AUGGACAACGCGAUGAAUAACCAAGCUUUCAACACCGUGGCGAUAAUCCUCAACGUCGCCAUCGACAGUCUAGACCUUGAUUCCAGUUUUAUUCAGAAUGGAGGAGACUCGCUGAAAGCAACAUCUCUUGCAAACCAUUUCCGUAAAAGAGGAAUAGCGGUCACGCGAGAGAUGAUCCUCACGAGUACUUCACUUAAGCAUCUUUUCACCCUCUUCGAAUACCCAUCGCUGGAACCUGAUGACGUACAAGUCAAUUCAACUGUUCUGUCCGAUAGCGACUGGCAGACAGUCACUCCCGCGGAACAAGAUAUCAUGUCCAGCCCAGACUUCUCCAACUUUGGGACGUCGAGCUCAAGCAUAUGUUCCUCCACAUCCACGUUUGAAAUGAAGCGGAUGAACAUGAUUCGGUUUACUAUGGUGCAUCGAAAUGAAGACAUCAAUAAGCUUCAGGUAGCAUGGAAGUUUAUUGUCGAACAAGCGGAUAUCUUUGAUCUGACUUGGGCAGCGCCGUUGACUGGUACUCAGCAUUCGCGUUUUGUAUGGGUUGAAGAUCCUUCAGAAGACGAAUCAAAGACGGCGACCAUCGGUUCCAGGUUCACCGUUCUGUCCCAAGAUACGAACAACGGCAACUCUCAGGUCAUUUGGACAGUACACCAUGCCCUGAUCGAUGGAAUCUCAGCGCAGCUUCUCCUACGCAACGUCCUAAGAGUCGCCAGCGGCCACGCCCCAAGCAAUAUGCCAUCCUUUUGGAAAUGGGCGCAAGAUCUCAAGGCUUACCAAAAGGAUAACGCCAGCCUUGCAAAAGAAUUUUGGUCACGCCAAAGGCAGCUUCAUCCUGAGGCCAGCGGUACAUUGCAGCUACCAAAGCCCAACACCAGAAAGAGAUCCAACGAGGCCAAAACUAUCACACUUCCUAUAUAUGAUAUGCGAAGUCGUCUGUUGGUGGCAGCCAAGCAUAGCAACGUCACUUUGGCUACCAUGUUCUAUGCUGCAUGGGCGCUUGUCCUAUCUAGCUUCUCCGACUCCAGGACUGUUGUUUUUGGUGCUCUGCUCAGUGGAAGAAGUAUACCCAUUGCAAACUCGGACAACGUCAUUGGUCCCGUGAUCAAUUCACUGCCAUUGUACAUCUUUGCUGAUCCAGAUGCUACGGUUCAAGAAUUCCUCGCUUCGCUGUUUAGGAGCCUUCUUGACCUUGAGCAGUUUUCGUGGACAUGUACAGACCAUGGAUUUAGUCGAGAUUAUGAAUCGACGCUGUCUGUCGAGGCACGGCAGGAUGACUGGUCGGAAUUUGACAUUCGACCAGUUGCGACGUCCAAGUCUCAACAGAGCGAUGUCCCGCUGGGCAUAACUGUCAACACUGAGAGCCUUCGGUUCCAGUACCACACAGACAGACUCUGCACGGUGGACGCUGAGAGGAUCAUGUCUUGUUAUCAACUUGCCCUUGAACAAAUCACUCGAGUGCACAUGCCCAUAAUGGAUGUUAUGGAGGCUCUCGUGUCAGCACCAAGCCGAGCCCUCUUGGCCAAGUUUGGCAACUGCAUCUCAGGUCGAACCACAAGAUCCUCGGUCAGCGACGACCUUGUCAGCUUGUUCAGCAGAUGUGUAGAGAGACAUGCAGAUAGCAUUGCAGUCGAUGACGGGGCUGUUCAAGUAACAUAUCGCGACCUUGACAUCAUGACAACUUGUGUUGCUACCAGAAUUGCCUCGAUGAUCUCACAAGGUGACAUUGUUUGCGUUCACUCGGACAAGUCGCUCAACUGGAUCGUGGCAAUCUUUGGUAUCCUCAAGGCAGGCGGUGUAUACUCAUCACUGGACCCGAUUCUUCCAUCGGAAUUGAGAGCAACCAUGUUUCGGAAUGCCAAAGCAAAGUUGUUUCUCACUCCAAAGACAUGCCAACUUUGCCAAACACCGUCGACUUGCGAUCUAAGCGACUCGAUAGACUCAAUUCUAGCAGAUCCUCUUCUCAAGCCCCAGAAGAUAGACAUGACACCCAAGCCAUGGGCCAAUGCCUAUCUCUGCUUUACCUCUGGUUCUACUGGGACCCCCAAGGGCGUCAUGUGCACCCAUGAAGGGCUGGUUGCUUUCCAGAGCGAUCUUGAGGUGAGACUCUUUGCUCAGCCUGGAGUUCGUAUUGCUCAGGUCAUGUCGGUCGCAUUUGACGGAAGCAUUCAUGAGAUCUUCUCCGCAUUGACACAUGGUGCAACACUGGUUUUGCCGUCUAAUGCCGAUCCCUUGGGUGCUUUGGACACGGCCCACGCGGCGAUUCUAACGCCUUCUAUUGCUAGGGUCCUAAACCCCGACGACUAUCCGAUGCUGAAAUGGGUUUACCUUGUCGGCGAACCGGUUCCUCAGACAGUGUCGGACCGUUGGUCAUCUGUUAAAACCCUAUACAACAUGUAUGGCCCUACCGAGGGCACUGGCGGAGCAACCAUCAAACGGCUGACUCCCGGUGAUCCAGUGACCAUCGGAACACCCAACCCAACAACAAGAAUCUACAUCUUGAACUCGCAGGGGAAGCUGGCCCAUCAAGGUAUGAUCGGUGAGAUCUACAUUGCGGGUGUCCAAGUCGCCCGGGGAUACGUAGGUCUCGAUGGCCAAACUAAAGAGCGAUUUCUUCCGGACACCAUCAUGAGAAAUGGGGAAACCAUGUAUCGGACAGGGGAUCGAGGGUACUGGAACGUAGCUGGUGAAAUAUGUUGCCUUGGCCGAAAUGACCGUCAGAUCAAGUUGCGUGGAUAUCGUCUAGAUCUGAAUGACUUGGAGGUUCGCAUCUCGCGAGCAGUACCCGAACUUUCUGGAGUUGCUCUCGCUCGAAAACAAGAUGAGCUUGUGGCAGUUGUUCAACCAGAAGAUAUCGACAUUCAGCGGUUGAAAGCUAAGAUAUCCUCAGCUCUGCCCCGUUACGCCAUCCCACACCAUCUUGUUGCUCUGAACAAGAUUCCCAUGACGCCAGCUGGAAAGGUUGACUAUCGAGCUGUUUCAGAUGCCUGCGAAAGGGUUUCGCAGAGCCAGACUGAGCCUUUGAGCGAUAUGCAGCGUUUGGUCUCCUGUCUUGUCUGCAAAGUCCUUGAAAUCGAAGACACGAAGCAAGUAUCUCUUGAUUCGGACUUUAUCUCUUUAGGUGGACACUCCUUGAAACAGAUACGCCUUGCUCAAAUUAUGAGUGAAACAUUCAAGAUGCGAAUCCCUCUUCAACUGAUCUUAUCCAAACCGUCGGUCCGUGGGCUGUCGGAUAGCCUGCAAGUCCUGCUUGACUCAGCCCAGUCAAAGCCUCCAGCUGCAUCUUGCGCAAGGCUUGGGGACAGGGUCUCGCCCAUUGAACACGAGUGGCUCGUCAAGUACCAAUCUUCCAGAGGGACUGCUUCUUUCAACGUCUGUUUUGCUUCCACUUUCAGUCAAGUAUCAGUUUGUACAGACAGGUUGAUCUGGGCAUGGAAUCAGGUUUUGCAGAGACACGAAAUUCUAUCGUCGCGAUUCAGUCUCGAUGGGGAGGGUUCAAAGAGAUAUUUUGACCAGGCAGCACCACGCGUCCAAGCUUUGUCUGAUUUGGACUUUUGGAAACAAGCAAAUCGACCCUUCGACUUGGCACAAGAAAGCCCCAUACGAGUCUUUGUGGCAAUAAACAAGCUUAUGGUUAUCAUCAGUCAUGUUGUAGCAGAUUACACUACACUCAGUCUUCUUCUUCGCGACGCAUCUCAGCUCUAUCAUGGGCACCAGGUACAAAAGAGGCCCAUCUACGCCGACUCUACGUCACUCGUGGAUGUGUCUUCCGAAUCUGUUGAUCAUUUCUGGAGGGAUUAUCUGAGAGAUCUACCUCAAGCGCCAAAGCUAUUACGUGAUUCACCAUUGAGAACCACGUAUCAGGGGCGCUCUUUCACUAUGCAGCUUGACCACGAGCUUUGGGCUUCUAUCAUGAAGCUACCUUCAGCAAGGACCUGCAGUAAUCAGCAGUUAGCUAUUGCAGUUGUUGCUGUUUGUCUUCAUCAAGAUGUGAGUGAUAUGGACAUGGUUAUUGGCGCGCCUUCAAUGCACCGACAAACCGACGACGAACUACAGACGAUUGGGCUGUUUCUCCAACCUUUGCCUAUCAGAGUGAAGCACUCCAAGUCACUUCGAGGUUCGUCUUUCCUUCAAUCAACUCAAUGCUCUAUGCAGGCCGCAGUGGCCCAUGCGACCUGUUGGGAUCGCAUUGUUGAUGCACUUGACGUCAACCGCCAGUAUCCCAACCAUCCGAUUUUUGACAUUAUGGUCACGUUUCUAGAUGACAGAAUGGUGAGCCAACUAAAGUUGGAUAUUCCAUCUUUCGAAUCUCGCCAUAUAUGGGCAAAUGGUGCCAAAUUCAAGCUGAUGUUUGAGUUUAUGGUGGUACGGGAUGGUAGCCUCGCGCUUAGGAUAGAGUCUUCCGAUAAGAUAGAUCUUGCUACAGCUGAGAACUGGCUAAUCAGGCCUGAGGUUCAAUGUCUUUACAAGGAGGCUAUUCAGAGGCAUCUGACUGAAGAUCAUUUAUCCUACGCUCAAGGCUUUGGUGGUGACGCAUCGCUCCUUGCAUCAGCAGCAGACUUCUUUAACACUUACUUCAAGCCGCUUAGACCUGUCCUCUCAGAGCAUAUAGUGGUUACGCCUGGAGCUACAUCAUGUCUUGAUUCACUGUUAUUCAGCAUUUGUGAUAAAGGGGAUAUUGUGUUGGUGCCCGCACCGUACUGGAGUUUACUCCGGGCCAAAGUCAAGAUAGUGCCAGUCACAACAAAGUAUGAGUUACCUGUCGAUGGGUGUAAUAACGAAAUACUUCUCGGCUCCUUACUUUCAUCCUUGAAUGAGGUAUAUGAAAGUGUCGCCGACAAAAGCCGCGUGCGAGCACUUAUCGUGACCAAUCCACAUAAUCCAUUUGCCCAGUGCUACCACGAAGCAUAUCUCAAAGAAGCGAUUGAAUUUUGUCAAAGAAAUGGAUUACAUUAUAUCUCUGACGAGCUGUACGCCAUGAGUGACCUCCAACGAAAGCGACGGCAUGACGGUAAUGCUGGAGCGCCUUUCGUCUCUGCGCUUAGCUUAUCCAACGGGAGCCCUGAGUUAGAGUGUCAAAAGCUUGUGCCCUUGCCUGCAAGUAAAGUUCAUAUUAUAUGGAGCUUCAGUAAGGACUUUGGUUCAAGUGGCUUGCGUCUGGGAUUCCUCAUAAACCAAGAUCCUCUCUGUAGAGCUUUGCUAACUUCGGUUUAUAUACUUUCAACCAUUCACACGUCCUGUCUAUCCUCCAUCGCAGCAACCCAUCUUCUUAAAUCAAAAGAGCUACCAGAUCUCCUUGAAAAGGCAGCAACACGUCUUGAAGGAGCUCAGAAAACUGCUAUAGCACGAUUCCACCAAUGGGGAGCUCCGUUCAUAUAUCCAGACGCUGGUCCUUACGUCACGGUGAAGUUGGUCAGGGAUGCCGAGAGUCUCGAAGAAGAAAAUGAGGGACUAGAAAGGCUGAAACAAGCUGGGGUCAUGGUCUCAAGGCUUCGCGGCUUUGGAGGCUGGAAGGGAUUUUCUGGCAAUCUCAACUACUACGGCUGGGUUAGAAUGACGGUUGCGGUCCCGAAGGAUAGAUUACUUGAUGCUUUGGAUAGAAUUGCGGAUAUCAUGAAGUACGAGGAGAAGGAAGGUAAUCACUCUGUAGUUAGUCAAGAUGAAUGUGACUGA